AUGGUGUCUCGGCUUAAAAAUCUGUUUGCCAAAUCGAAAUCCGGCGAGGCCAAAUUUUCCAGGAGGUUGGAUGCCAUAUUCUGCCGCGGGAAUCGAACUUCAUCAUCUCAAUCCAUAUCGUCAAAGAACAAGGAGCUUGAGCGCACGAGCAGUCGAGCAACCAUCGAUAGCAAGAUCAAUGUCAAUAAUCGGCGUCUCCAGAUUCGACUUUCCGUCACCCGAACAACGCGAUAUUCACCGGUCCAUUGCUCGCCUUGUAGUCCCCCUGCGGAAGGAACUCGUCUCGAGCAAGCGCUUCCCUUGCUGCCAACUGAGAUCCGUAAAGAGUCAGAGACUCGGCGAGCGUCGGACCUGCCGCGGUCUCCAUCUCCGAUUGCAACUUCUCAUGAAUCAAGCAGUUCGGAAUCACAAUCCACCGAUUGUCAUUACUUCGAGAACGUGAAAUCCGAAACUUCGUACGGCUCUUCAGAAAUCCUUGAGGCUCAGGAAGAAGCCGUCAGAAUCAAGUUUCGGGACGCGUACUUCCCCGCGCCUAGCACCACUUGCACCGAAAAAACCAACUUGAAACUCUCUCGAAAUCUGAUGGAUGCACUAUCCAGCCACCAAAUCGAGUGGGCGGCGAUGAUAGAGCUUCAAAAGGCGGACCAUUCCGGGAUCCUUCGAGGACUUACAUCGAGACAAAUCCGGUGGCUGGUCCGAGAAGGAAGAUGCAAGACUUGGUUGGUCGGAACUGCGGGACCACUGAUAGAAGAGGAGAAAGACGAGGUCCAAGACGUUCAAAGCAUCGACAGUAGUGAUGGUGUCAACCUAACUGAACCAAUUUCCGAGGAAGCUGUCGUCCUGUGCGCGAGGAAAGCCAUCUCACCAAUGGAUCAAUUACCGGCUGUCCUUGGUGUCAGGAGUACUUGCACCGAUUCAAGGAUGUAA